GAAGGGUUCGAUUCAGGAAGUCUUGCUGUUGUUAGCGGCUAAAAAGAACGAGGGAAGCUGCUUUCUCGCAGCUAGUUUCGCUUGGAAUAAUAUAACUUUUAAGAUUUAGGUAAACUAGAUUGGACGGUGUCUACAAUGAUCAUCCCUGUCCGGUGCUUUACGUGUGGCAAGAUUGUGGGUAACAAAUGGGAGGCAUACCUCGGCCUACUUCAAGCGGAGUAUACUGAGGGUGAUGCUCUUGAUGCCCUGGGCCUGAAGAGAUACUGCUGCCGGAGGAUGCUCCUCUCUCACGUGGAUCUUAUUGAGAAAUUGUUGAAUUAUGCUCCACUGGAGAAGUGAUUGUAACUGGCCACCUUCAAGAACUGCAUAGACUUUGUGGGACAGUGGCAUGGACAGAUUCAUGUUAUUAUGUUCAUGUGUGACAACAGAUGCUGUGCAGUUAAGACUUUUGGUACAUUCAUUUGUGUACCUAUUUGAUAAUGUAUUUUUUCUAAAUAAAGGUGUUAAAUGACUGUUA